AUGAAAUUCUCUCUGAUACAGCUCAUACUAUUGGCGAUAGUGUACGGAACUAAGGCUGGCAGAAAUCUCACACUGACAAUUGGGGAGAGAACAAUCACCAACUUAAUCGAUUCACAACCAGUCGGGCGGAUAUUUGACGAGUGGUUUGAAACAGUGAGAGAGGACUACAUGAAAGAACUUGACAGCAAAAUGCUUGACUCUAACCACUACUACUGUCCAGAUCGUGUUACCUCUAACCAAAAUUGUAUUCUGAAUCAAUUUUAUUUCAAAUUUUCAAUAGAUUGA